UGCACUCGGCCCCCGGAAGGGCGCCGGGCGGCGGCGCACGGAGGAGAGGAAGGGACCAGCCGGGCCGGGGAGGGACGGUGCGGAGCGGGGACAUGAACGGCUCGGCCAACUCGCUGCUGGACAAGGACGAGCACUCGCUGCAGCUGGGCGAGAGCUUCGAGCGGCGCCCCAAGGCCUCCUUCCACACCAUCCGCUAUGACUUCAAGCCAGCAUCGAUUGAUACCUCUUGUGAGGGGGACCUCCAGGUCGGUAAAGGAGACGACGUAACCAUCACCCUGCCCCAUAUCCCAGGCUCCACUCCACCCAUGACCGUGUUUAAAGGCAACAAAAGGCCAUACCAGAAGGACUGUGUGCUCAUCAUCAAUCAUGACACUGGGGAGUACAUGCUGGAAAAGCUUAGCAGCAACAUCCAAGUCAAGAAAACAAGAGCGGAGGGCAGCAGUAAGAUUCAGGCCCGGAUAGAGCAGCAGUCUGCCCGAGCAUCUCAGCCUCCUCCGCAGUUCAGAGCCCCAACCAAGCCAGCAGCUGGGCCCAAAACCUCUCCUUUGAAGGAUAAUCCCUCGCCUGAGCCUCAGCUGGAUGACAUCAAGAGAGAGCUGAGAGCAGAGGUGGAGAUUAUCGAGCAGAUGAGCAGCAGCAGCGGCAGCAGCUCCUCGGCUUCAGAGAGCUCAUCUGGGAGCGAAGAUGAGAGCUCCAGCAGCGAGGGGGAAGAGCCAGCCCAUGUGUCCCCUUCCCAGCCUCCACACCAGCACUACAACAACAGGAACCCUGUGGCCAACGGCAGCAGCAGGCCACAGGGCAGCAACCACCUCAUGAACACGCUCCGGAAUGACUUGCAGCUGAGUGAGUCUGGGAGUGACAGCGAUGACUAGAGGCUGGGCUUUGGCUGCUUCUGUUCCACAUCCCUGCAGAACUCUUGUUACCUGGAAGUGAAUGCUGUGGCUUAGGAAGAGGAGUUCCACAUGUGGAGUUUUAAUAGGAGAAGGGCACAGCCCUACAGAAGAGCAGCUGUGGGGGGGCCGUUUGUGACUGCAGUGUACAUUUUGUGUCUGUCCUGACCCUUCUACAACUUUCCAUCGAUCAUGCACAGUGGUGAGCCAAGGUGCGCUGCUGUCCAUCACCCGUGGCCUAACGUGGAACUGUAUGAUGUCACCUAAGCCUUUCCUGGUUGCAGGGGAAGACUUUGAGGGGGACUUUUGUACAUAUAAGGUGUGUAUGAGGCAAUAAUUGAGUCGAAAAAGCCGUGCAGGAGCUGCUGUGUGCACCGGCGUGGGACUGUCGGAAGCGGACUUUGAUGAUGGAGUUGAUCCCUUUGAUUUGGGACUUUUCUAAUGCCUUUUUAGUGCUGUUUAUGAUGGAUUCAAUGGACUUCACCUUUAAAGAGUUGGGAACCAGAAAUGACAAAACCAUGUUCAUCACAAAGCUUGCUGCACCAGUGCCUUACAAGCAGUUUAAAGAGGGCUUCAGUCCCUGCCGUCUGCCCCAGAGGACGUGAUGCUGACUGUUCCCCAGCUGCAGAUGGAGGCUGCACUUCACACACAGCAGCUGAGGGUGAGGUGAAGGACAGGCCUCAGUCACUUGCACACAGCCAAGCAGGAACGAGCUCAGCAUCUUCUUUUGCAGCUGCAGCAUCUCAUUUACCUCAGGCACUCAGAUCCAGCCUUCAGAAAUAUUUAGGGCCCUGAUUACCAGUGAAAUUGCAACAUCACAGGCACAAGAUAUUGGACUUAGCUGCAAAGAAGAGGCCAAUUUCCCUUCCUAGAGAAUGCAGAGAGCAGAGACAGCCAAACAAUUGUUGCUGAAGCAGCAGAAGUCUCUCCCACUCCAGCUGUCCAAGGCAGGCUUUGGUGCAGGUUGCUUGCUGGAGAGGAUCUCUGUGCUUGGCAGGAAUGCACAGAACAUGCAGUGAAGUUCAUCCUUGUUUCAGAGGCUUUGCAAGGUGCUUGGCUGGGUUAUCAGCACCACCUUUUGCUCGUGCAGUGAAGCUCAUGCCUGUUUCAGGGGCUGGGUUUUUACCUUCUUUUGCUUUCAUGGAAAAUGAGUGCCAGUAGGAAAUGAGCCUGAGCCACCAGGCUGGCUUUUUAAAUGCAGGAUUCAAUGGCAUAGGAAAAGUGGUGCCACAGCUGUGGUGCCACCCUGAGGAAUGGGAAGCUGAAGUGGUGGCCUCUCCAUUUCUGCAGGGUCUGCUUUUGUCUAUCUCUCAGUUUCUGUUUCACUGCUGCCUGCUUACUGAGCUCCUUGCAGUUUUUAGGAGGUGUUGAAGAGCAGGGGGACAUCUGGGUUUAUUUUUUGGCAUUAGAUACAUAUCUAGGGCAUAUUUUUGCAUUCUUGUACAUACCUUUGAAAUUAUUUGGGCUUUUUUUUAAAGUGAUUUGUGCUGUGGGUCCAGCUCUGGAAUACACUUGAUGUAAAGCCACAA